UGGUGUGGUGGAGGGAACCUGACUGAAGGGAUUCCGAAUCCAGGCGGUUGCUGCUCGAGUUCCCUCUUCCCCUGAUUCGGCAGAACUCCGUGAUGUCACAAUGGGAUCUGGCAUUCAGUCCCUGGGAUUUUGGAGUGUAGCCAGCCGGUGCCAUGGCAAUCCUGGGGCUUCUUCCAUCCUCGGCCAAACGUGCUACUUGGGCACAUUUAAAAGUACUUCGUUACACAGAUGCUGCUGGGUGACACAGUGGACUUACUUUGCCCAGCAAUGUAGUCAGGCGUUGCAGUAAUUGCUUGAAAAGUUUGUAUCAUCAGCUGAACCCAAUAUUGGAUUAAUGCCAGUAAUCCUCUGAGAUAAAUGAAAAUUUAUAUUUCUUCACUGUAUGGAAUUUUGGAAUUAUAUGCAUUUUGAGCACUCACAGAUCUACUUCCUUGUGCCACUAAAGUGAUUAGUUGCUCUAUUCAGUAAAUCACCACUGUAUAACAGCAGAAGUACCUGACCUUUUACUGAGCUAUGUACCAACGUUUCUCCAGUAUGUUGUUUGGAGUGAUUGACCAUGCUGAAAAUGAAAGUCAGGAGCCUGAGAUUAGUGAAAAGGAGGAUGACGAAUGGAUUCUGGUUGAUUAUAUAGAUGCUUGCACCAAAUGCUCUAGAGAAGAAACAGAUGGCAUAGACAGAGAAACCUCUCCAAAUUCAGCCAUUUUCUCCUCUUCAACCUCUUCUCUUGAGUUGCUUGGCAAUUGCAGUGACCCCUCCUUUCUUCAGCUUGACUCCUGUGCUUUGGAGGAGAGCUGGUUCAUUACCCCUCCCCCCUGUUUCACUGCAGGUGGUCAUGCCCCAGUGCAGGUGGAGACCAGCCCAAUGGAAAACCUUCUUAUUGAACACCCCAGCAUGUCUGUAUAUACAGUGCACAAUGUCCGAAGCAAUUUGAGAGAGAACAGCAGGUCUGUUGAAUGUGAGAAUCAAAACAUCAGAACUGAAACCCCUAAUGGGUUAGGCCACCAUAUUCGCUGCUAUGCAGCUGCUCUAGCCGCCCAUACCAGUUUCGUAGAACAAGCCAAUCAGCUUCGUCAUGUUCAACGUGGAAAAGAGCAUGGUGCAAAGCACCUCAUAAACCGCAACAACAUUCGCCGCCAAAACCUUAUUAGAGAGUGCAACUCUCGACAAACUAAGCACAAUGGACACAUUCUACACCAACCUUGCCAGCGCCAGUAUAAUUAUUAAUUGUUAUUGUGACUUUUUAAAACAAUGUUCUUGUUAUAAAAAUAGUAUGUGUAUGUACUUUUUAUAGGACUUCAUAUUUAACAAAAUUAGGAAUCAUUAAUCACACUGAGUAUUUUAGGGUUUCUAUUCUAUUUUCUCGGUGCUUUAAAAUCUUAAACUCAGUAUCACCAAAUGCCUUGUUCUGAAUGAUAGGAUUUUACUCUCAAAUCUAGAAAUUUCCUUGCAAUCUUUUUAAUAUAUAGGGUCUGCUUGUUAAGUUUUCCAUCUCAGUAUGAAGAUCCAUUUUGUGUAUGUGUAUUUGUGUAUGUGCGUCCUUAUGUGCAAAGUCUAGCUAUAGUAUAAAAAGUGUAUGCUGUCAACAUAAUCAUUAACAAAUAUAUUGCCUGGGAGAUGGAAAGCCUCUUUCAGCUGUGAUUUGUUGUGUGAAGUGAAACUCAUCUUAUUUCACAACACAGAUUCUCAGGGACAAUACAGUGUAUAAUUUUUCUAAAUAUCUGUAUGUGACAGCAAGGAAGCCCUAUGUAAAUGUAUAUUUCAUUUUUAAAAAUGGGUCUUUUUGGAUUGGUGGUGGCAUUAUGAUUGCUCCAGGAUAUUUAUAAGUAGGUCAAACUUUCGGGCUACAUACAUGACUUCCCUCUCAGUAGCAAUUUGAAUAUGUCUAAAAAUGUUGUGUUUCUAGGUUAUCCAUUUUUUCCCCUUUCUAAAUGUUAAUUGUGAGAUGUUUUGAUGAUGGAUUAUACCUUGAUGCUCUGCAUUUAAAUGAAUGGUUUUUGUUUAUUUUUCCCCCUUUACUACACUGUUGGCUGUGACGUUCUUGAACCUGCUUUCGAUAUAAAGUGUUUCAAUUUAAUAUAUAUUUCAGUCUCGUUUUCCAAAGGCAUUCCUGUGAAACUUAUUCUCAUUUGGAGAAAUGUGACUGUUGAACAGGUGUGGAUUCUGAUCGUUGCUGAGGCGUCAUUUUCCCAAUUCAGAUUUUUUUCCUUAAAUUGAUUUUUAACUACUGCAGAGCAUGCAAAAUAAAAACUGUGUACUGUUCCAUUCUUAGAAAAGCAUUUGUAGAAUGAUAUUUUACUUUGUAGAAGUACCUUAAAGAUAUAAAAUGGAAAAUUGAAAUAAAUAUCUAUUUCAGUUAAAUAAACUUUCAGAUCCACUAAGUAAACCCAAAAAUAUAUGUAAUGGAAUCUUCAAUGUAUUAGCAAAUUAUCCAACUAUGCCUCAGGAUUUCUUUUUUAAAUUUGCAAAUACAGUCAUAUAUCACCAUUUUCACUACAGAUUGAGGAAACUUUCAAGACAAUACUGUCCAGCAAAUCCUGUAAAGGCCUCAUUAAUGCCUCUUGGGUUGUCUAGGAAACUGAGUUGAUAACCAAGUCCAUCUCUGAAAGUGCUUUGUAAAACUGCAUAAACUAACACUGGCGAAGAAAGCCUGAUGAGAAUAGAUCUUUCUUUUCAUUGUUAUUUUGUUAGAUAUUUAUCACUGAAAGCAUUGUGGUAGAAUCUAAUUGGAUCUUUGUUCCUGGUGAAAUGCUUGCAAAAGUUUUAUGCUGUACAGAAAUCUAAUAGUGGCCGAGUGUGGUUGGGCAUUUAACAUAUCCUAACUAAACUGUUGUUGACUAUUUUUGAUGUUGUAUAGGUUGAUUACAUUUGACUGACUUAAUGUGUUUAUGUAAAAACUUCUUUGUACAUUGUUGCAUUGAGUGUUGAUUAUGUUGGUUGUGAUGAGAUUAAAACAAUAGGGAAAACCUUAAAAUUUUGAACAAAGCUUGUACAUGUUGCUGAAAGAAAAUGUAUGUUACAUAUAAAAAUACUAAGCUGUAGCUUAGAUUGCUGAAUAUUUCAUACAGGGAUUCAUGUUUGGUUAAGUUAUAUAUGUGCCUUCCAGUGUAAAUUCAUUAUGUGAAAACAUUGUUUUGUGUUACGUAUGAAAGCCAGAUGUAAAUAUAACAAACCAACACAACUAUGCACAGGAAGGAGCUUGUUUGUGGAGUUACUUUGUACAGUUUUAUAUUCAAUUGCACCAGAUAAUUGACCAGAUAAAGCCUGGAGAUAUUUUAACUCAUUUGGGACUUUAUAGCCAUUCAACUGCCUGGCUACAUAAUCCAAUUUGCAGAAUAAAUACAGCACUUUGCCAAAUAAGUGUGUCAACUUUAUAGACUUGUAGAAUUAGUGAUAUAAUUUUAUUUACUAAUUUAGUAUCUAGCUAUUUAUUAGUGAAUCCAAAAGGUUAACUAGUGCAGUUUGCACUGUGAAAUUGUUUUUUAAAUAAUGGGUAUUUUCUAGUUAUCUGUACAUUCAUGUAACCAGAAUGUGCUCUUUGUUUUAAGUUCUAAUAACUGGUUAUUGCUUUCUUGUAUUAACUGUGGAAAAGUUUCAUUUGUCAAUAAAUGUAAAAAUUUGA